AUGGGUGAAUGGGAGAUGGGCAAAACGGAUGGCUGGAUCUGGAAAGAGACUAAGGAUGGAAUUUACACAACAAAAUCUGCCUAUUCCAUUCUCCAAUCUGGAAGUUCGGAGAGCUCGGCGCCAAACGACAGAGUGAAGAUGACAGCAACGGUCUGGGACAUUCCAGCCCCACAGAAAGCUAAAGUCACGGCAUGGCGAGCGCUCAGAGAUAGAUUACUGACGUGCGCAAACUUGAGAAAAAGAAAUGUCAUGAUCGAUGAAGUCGAGAUGAACUGUAACGCAUGCUUCGAAUCAGUUGAGGACCUUAACCAUACUCUUCUCCGCUGUCCGAAGGCUUCGGCAAUUUGGGAUGGUAUUUCAAGGUGGAUUGGUUUCCAAACGGCCCGAUCGCAAGCUGUGCAGGAUCACUAUUUUGCUUUCUCUCAUUUGGGCAAAGGUAAGAAGAGUAAGUAG